AUGGCCUGUCCAAUGUGGAUAGUUCUGCCAGUUCCACCGGUAAUCCAGGUCAAGGUUACAGAUACUCCCAAAGAAGACCGAAAGCGUUUGGACAAUUACGUGAAGGACUUUGUAGUACGACACGGCUACAAGAUCACCAUAUCACACUCUUCAAACGACAAUGGCGGAUUAUGUCAUUACGACUGCCAUCGAGGGGGUCAUCCAGCUCGUCCCAAACCAAAGAAAAUCAAUGGUGACGCUCCACCUUGCUCCACCAACCCCAAAAAGCCACACGUCACCAGAUCCAUCAAGAUCCAGUGCCCAUUUCGUCUUACAGGCAAAUUGGAUAAAACAACCAAUACCUGGGAGCUCCACCACGUUCGAAUCGGUCACAAUCAUGGACCGGCGGACACAGAGGCAAAGCAAAUGUCUGUAGCUGUUCCUAUUGUUCCUAAUAUAGUUUAUACACAGGAAAUCGACAGUCGUGCUAAAAUCGAGAGUCGUGCUACACGCAUCUUGCAACUGUCACCAAGAAGACAGGACAUCAUAUUACAGGAGUUGGACAAACUCAUAAAUCAACACAGUACCAUACAUUCGGUCACAAGUCCUCCAAAGGUCAAUGAGGCUGAUUCCAACGAAGAUGAAGUUAUAUCUUUUGAAGAAGACAUCGAAGAAGACAUCCCAGUUAAUCCGGCUCACCUGAGCCAAGAACAAGUUUUCGAUCAAACCGCUCCACAAUACAAGGGCAUACUUACCAAACAAUUGAACGAACCUAUUUGGAAUCGAUUUGAAGUUGAUGUUAAUCAAGCUCAAGAGGACAAAGAUAUGUUGGAUGAACCGCAUCGUUUUGUAAAAGAAUUCCUGCCUCAAGUAGACAAAGACAAACCCAAUGAAUCUCCGGUUGGUCAAGUGGAAACAGAUGCGAGCAAAGGAGAGGAACCGAUUAAACAUUUCAAGAACAAAAGGACUAAGCGUGUAUCAUCAAGGACCACAAACGAGGAAAGACCUCCGAGGAAAAAUAAGAAAGUUGUCAAGUCCAAGGAAUCUCAGCCUCAAGCUUGUACGAUACCUGUGCCUCGCACCACUCGCUCUGGUGCCCAAACAGUUAUACCUACAGCCCGAUCAAGUCGUCACACUACAAAAUACAAGAAAUACCUUUCAACUUCAUUAAUGAUAGCCAUACUUCGAGCUUCAGCUAAUAAUCUUAAAAUGGUCUUAAAAAGCCUGAGCUCCAAACAGAAAUAG